GAAAACUUGUUCAGUUAAAAAUAAAUUUCCGAGUAUCGCCUUUUGUCGGUCGAUUAGCUGUGCUCAAGAUAUACCUUACGUUAAGGGCGUGAGAUAUGCCUCUCGCCUGAAACUAUUCUGCAACAAUGCCGUCCGCUCUAAAUUGGAUAUAACUACAGAGACUAUGGUCAAACCCACGCUAUCUUCAAUGCAGUGGUAGUCGUGGGCAAAACAUCAGCUGAUCAGUCCUCGUCAGGUUGAAGUUUAAUGUAGAAACAUCUUAAUUGGAGUUUGCUGUGGCUACCACGAUAAUCUACACUUGUAUUAUGUGCCUAUUCACAAAAAAGUGAAUAUAAAAAAGAUAAAGAUUAUCCCUGAUGAUCGCUUCUGAGGCAUCCUUGGCCAAAAGACGAACCAAACAUUUUUCUCCCACAAUGGAUGAACAAACGACACUACUUGAUGAUUUUAAAAAAUGUGAAGCACCCCACUGCCUUGGCAAUGACGAGCUUUUCAACAUAAUUGGACCACUUAUACGAGAUAAAAUGACGGCAAAGAAAUGUCGGCAGUACGUAUCAGAUUAUGAAGAAAAACAUUUUUUCUAUUUUUCACUGUUCAAGCCCUUAUUUAAAAAAGUUGGGCAAAGUUGGAUUGAAAAUGCAAAACAGGACAUUAAAAACAUAAGUAAAAAUGGAGUUGCACCAUCAUUGCGAGAAUUGUAUGCAAUAAGCGAGAUCAUCUCCAGAAAUGUUAUUGUUUUAUAUAAAUGCAAGGAAGGAAAAAUCAGGGGUGUGCAAAUUGAGCCUAUGAUUCGCGAGACGGAAGAUGACAAAAGCAUGCCAUUGAUUUUGUUAUUGACAUUGGAGGAAGAAAUUAUCCAUGUCAUAAAAAGUGACAGGAAAAUCGAUCAUUUAAACAAAGAUGGUUUUAUAAAAAACGCCAGGCAUGCCCGCUGUGUUGACAAAAGGUUUCGCAACAAUUUUGACGAUUUACAAAAUUUUUUAUUUGACGCAGAAGAGAUUAACAGUUGUGCCACAAACUAUCCACAAGAAGUCAUGGAAACUUUUUCCGGUGAAGUUACAAAUUUAUUUCUCCUUAUCGGAAAACUAAUUUAUGGAUCAGAAGAAAAUGAAAAAGAUGUUCAAUGUUUAUUAAAAAAUCAUAUGGAAGUUCAGGAAUUUCGUCCAGUAUACAUGCAACACGUCAAUGUUGAAGAAAAUGUUGCAACUGAAAAUAAAAGCAAUCAAGAAAGCACAUUGAAAAAACGAAUUGAAGAAGAAUUUAAACAGCAUUUGACUGGCUGGAAAACAGCAGAGAUUGUGGAUUUCUUCGCUAUCGCAAGCGUUUUCAAUUUACAAGUUUAUGUAGUCUUUCCGAAUGGAAAUAAAAAACCAAAUUUGUAUCUUCCAAUAUGCGGAAGCUAUUUAUAUACAUUCAAAUCGCCCCUGAUUUUUCAAAACAGGGAAAACGAACAAUUGUUUAAAGUCAACAUUGAAGGUUUAAAAUGCCCCUGCUUUCAGAAAACUCCAGAAAUAGUUGGACAAUUCCCUGUUUAUAACGACGAUUUUGACAUUGACAGAGUUAACAAGCUUGAUUUAAAACCUUGUUGUCCUCCUGAAAGAAGACACGGACGUCAUCAGCAUUAUCAACGUAUAUUAAAAAACGAUACCCGUCUGUAUGAAAGGGAUGAUGAACAAUGGCUUGGAACACUAGACGAGGACGCCAUAUUUAUAAAUGAAAUGUUAGCAGAAGAGGGACGACAGUUAGACAUGAUACAGGGUGGUAAGGGAACACUAGCACAAUGUCUGGGUAAAGAAAUUUACGGAAACGAGGAUACUGAAUUGCAAAUCAGUCUUUCUCCAAAUGUUGAAGAAGCUCUCGUAAAUGUUGCGGAAUUGACGGGGUUCGCUUUGUACAUAUUUCGAUAUUCAAAGGAGCACCACGUAUGGACAAUAGAAAAGCCAGCAAUUCUUGUCAACAAUAAACAAUGUCGGUAUUACAUAACCCUUGCCAUUAUAGAGAAAGAUGGAAAGAAAUAUGUUGAUAGAGUAUCAUCAAAGAGUGGAUGCAAUUGUAUGCUGACGCCGCCCAACAUAAAUUGCGUAAAAGUUCCAACUGAAUUGGAGCGGAUUGACAAAGGAAGCCGACAUAGACCACUGUUAACGUUUUUCCCGACGAAACCACCGGAAGACUGGUUUAGUGACGAUGUACGUAGAGAAGAAACCAUAAUUCCUAUAUAUUCUGAGCUUCGUCUCGUAUUGGACAGAAGCGAUAUGGCGGAUCGGUUAAUUGACAUAGUGUCUGAUUACACACAUUCUUUAUACCGAUGCAUUAGCAAAGAUAUUUUUGGCAAUGAAAAUCAGUAUCAAGAAAUAAUGAAGGAAGUUAUGACAGAGAUUGAAGAAAACUCAAGAGAAUAUGGCCAGCUCCUUAAGGCAGAAAAAGAACAAGCUGAUACUGAGUUUUUAAAAAAUUUCAAAUACCGAGACAAUCAGUUUUUAGAUAUUUUAAGAUCUCAGACAAAAAUUCUUGAAAAGUGUGCCAAAUUUUUCACUGAAAGAAUUGAAGAUGGAAUGGCUUUGGGAGAUUUGGAGCUCAUUGCAGCAGCAACGUGCUUUCAAGUACCAAUAUACGUACUAAGUGCUAGCGUUCAUGAAGACAAGACGGAAACAGAAUGGAAGCUGUUCACUCAAAUAAGAAGACGAAAACAGCCCCAUGACUUCUUGCAACGACGGCAAUAUUUAGCUGGCGAAAACACCGUUUUCAAAUGCUUGGCUGAUGACGAAAAAGUUUCUAAAUUUCAUAUUACUCUUUUUAGAAACUUUUCAGGACAGUUUCACAGAAUUGCACCAAUUAGAAAGGUGUGCAACUGUUUAAUGGAACCACCAGUUGUCUUUUUACCAAUGACGCAUACACAUUCUGAAGACCAAGACUUUAGACUGUUUUACGAAACAAAUCGCUUCAAAACUAAGCUUAAUAUGGCAAAACUUGCGUUGGAUAACUGGAUGAGAUGUAACGCAGCUUUCGAGAUACUUUGCACCGAAAUAGUUGACGAGUUGGAAGGACGAAGACGAAAUGUUAACAUUUCAACGAUAGUGGGGUCUUCUGUAGGAAUCGCGGGAUCAGCUCUUGCCAUUGCAGGAGUUAUUGCAGCCCCUUUUACAGCGGGGGUGUCCUUAGGCUUGACAGUCUCCGGGGCGGUAAUUGGUUCUCUAAGUGGAGCAAGUGUUGUCGGAGCCAAAAUAACAGAAACUGUGUUGAAUAAAGAUGCGAAUGAAAAAUUUGAACGGUAUUAUAUGAAUUUACAGGAACACACCAGAGUACUAAUACGGUCAUUAAAAGAUCUUGAAGCUGAAAUGGACAACAUAAAAAAACAAAAUACAGUUGAUGUAGGAGCAUUACAAACUGCGGCUAGAGCAUUGUGUGCGAUCGGGGGUGUUCCAUUUAUUGUCGUACGUAUCGUCGUUAGAGCGGUGUCUUUCGCAGAUAUGGUACUUCCUCCAUUAUCCGCUGUUCUCGAUUUAGGUGUACUUGGUUACAGCAUCUACAACCUCGUAAAAGGGUCCAAAACAAACGUCACAGAGAAAGUACGGUCUUUGCGAUCCAUUCUCAGAGCCACAAGAACACAGUUAAGCAUAUGGGCAUACGGAAAUCAGAAAAAAUUCUUACAAGCUAUGGAUUAUGGGAAAUGACUAACAACAAUAGCUCAAACAGUACUUUGUGCACAAAACGUAUAAGUGUUUCUGUGUGGGUUUUUUUAUCAUUAAACGGAAAUGGGAACUUGGGUUCUUUUUAAUAUAAUAUAUGCACGAUACACGUUCAUGCUUAGAUUCAGCAAACUAUAAGAUUUGUGUAUUACGUAAUACUUUGUCAUUCCGAUUUUCAAUUUACAUGAAUAAUUAACACGAUUGUAUUUGUUAUCUCUGCAAAAUGAACUGUUAUACAUUAAAGGGGCUUGGUCACGAUUUUGGUCAAAUUUUAUUUUUCUGCUUUAUUAUCUGUAAUGCUUUAAGAAUGCAUUUCUAAAGAUCAAAUGAAAUUUGGGAGUCGGUCGUUAAGUUAUAAGCAAGAUACAGGGCUCACAGUUAUUUGUCAUGUUAACAAGCCUCGUGUCCUGUUUUUGUUUUCUUAGUGUCAAUAUACCAGUAAAAAUCUUUUCCAA